GCGCCACUUUGUAAUCAGCCCAUUGACUCACUACCUGGGUUCCUGAUUGUUUACUCCACGCCAUUACGGCCCCUAGAAAUCCUGCUUCAUUCCUCCAGCACAUCCUCGAGCAGUGACAUACAGCAUGGGCUCAGCAGGCAUCGGCGAGCGCGGCAUCCGCAUCGCCAUUGACCGUGGAGGUACAUUCACCGACUGCGUAGGCAAUCCAGGCACAGGCAAGAUGGAAGACGAUAUUGUUAUCAAGCUGCUUUCGGUCGAUCCCUCUAAUUAUGACGACGCGCCCCUCGAAGGCAUCCGCCGCCUACUGUCCAAAUUCACCGGUAAAGAAAUCCCUCGUGGUGAGCCGCUAGACACCUCCAAGAUUGAGAGCAUACGCAUGGGCACCACUGUUGCGACAAACGCCCUGCUGGAACGCAAGGGCGAGGACAUAGCCAUGGUGGUGACAAAAGGCUUCAAAGAUUGCUUGGAGAUUGGAAACCAAUCGCGACCGAAUAUCUUCGCAUUGGAUAUAAGAAAGCCGGAGGUCCUAUACAAGAAGGUGGUGGAGAUAGACGAGCGAGUCACCCUUGAAGACUAUGCUGAAGAUCCAGAGCGAACACAGACCGAGGCCAAGUCAAUAGAUGAGGCAGGCGAGGAUGCAGAGCUCGUCAAGGGCAUGUCCGGUGAGACGGUGCGCAUAUUACAAAGACCCGCCGAGGAAACUAUACGGAAGCAGCUUCAAGAGGUGUACGAUAGUGGCCUGCGGAGUAUUGCUGUGUGCCUGAUGCAUGGCUAUACCUACAACAACCAUGAGGCAUUGGUCGGCAAGAUCGCAAAAGAAAUCGGGUUCGAGCACGUUAGCUUGAGCCAUGAACUCAUGCCCAUGAUCAAGCUAGUACCAAGAGCAACUUCUGCAUGUGCCGAUGCGUAUUUGACACCGGCGAUACGAAAGUACAUCGAGGGCUUCUCGAAAGGCUUCGAGGGAGGACUUGGUACGAAGAGUGUCAAACAAGAGAGCGGUUCCAAGGGCGCGAGGUGCGAGUUCAUGCAGUCGGAUGGUGGUCUAGUCGACGUCGACAUAUUCUCUGGUUUGAAGGCCAUCCUUUCAGGCCCGGCGGGUGGUGUGGUGGGCUAUGCGCUCACAUCGUAUGACCCAGAAACUCAGAUUCCGGUUAUAGGCUUCGAUAUGGGCGGCACUUCGACAGACGUAAGUAGAUAUGGAGCGGGAAGAUACGAUCAUGUUUUUGAAACCACCACCGCCGGCGUGACAAUUCAAUCUCCUCAACUCGAUAUCAACACUGUUGCCGCGGGUGGAGGUUCGCGCUUGUUCUGGAAGAAUGGACUGUUCGUCGUUGGUCCGGAGUCGGCGAGUGCACACCCCGGACCAGCAUGUUAUCGCAAGGGUGGUCCAUUGACUAUCACCGAUGCUAAUCUGUUUCUCGGACGUCUACUUCCCGACUUCUUCCCAAAAAUAUUUGGCAAGAACGAAGACGAAGGCUUGGAUGCGGAGGCAAGCGAGAAGCUGUUCAAGGAAUUGGCAGAGCAAAUCAACAAAGAGGUCGCAGGAGACAAUAAGGAGAAGGAGAUGUCGCUGGACGACAUAGCUAAUGGAUUCAUAAAGAUCGCGAACGAGACGAUGACACGGCCCAUUCGAAGUUUGACGGAAGCACGAGGUCACGAUACGUCAAAACACAGACUUGCAACUUUUGGUGGCGCUGGUGGCCAGCAUGCAGUAGCAAUCGCAGAGGCCUUGGGAAUCUCCCAGAUCCUGGUCCAUCGCUAUUCUUCCGUCCUAUCGGCAUAUGGCAUGGCGCUUGCAGAUGUCGUAGAUGAGCGACAAGAGCCAGAGUCAAAGGUGUGGUCGGACGAUAAGCCGACACGCGAAUAUCUACAAAGCAAGAUGAAAGAUCUCAAGUCGAAGUCCAUCGCUAGGUUGAAAGAUCAAGGGUUUGAUGCAGAUCAGAUCAAGUUUGAAGAAUAUCUCAACUUGCGAUAUCGUGGCACCGAGUCCGCUCUGAUGAUCAUUAAGCCUACCAAGGAGGAGGCCGAGAAGGAGUUUGGAGGUGACGAUUGGGCAUUCCACAAGGCUUUUAUCAAACAGCAUGAACAGGAAUUUGGUUUCACGCUUCCAGACCGUGACAUCAUUGUAGACGACGUCCGCGCAAGGGGCAUCGGUAAGACCUUCGAGGGUUUGGAGAAGACGGUCGACCAGCAACUCAAAGAGAUCAAGCCUAAGGAUCUUCAGAAAGGGGACAAAGUGUACGCCACACGUAAGGUGUUCUUUGAAGGCGGUCGGCAGGACACGGCGAUCUACAAGCUCGAGGAUCUGAACACAGGCGACCGUAUCAAUGGACCCGCUAUCAUUGCAGAUGGUACCCAGACGAUAGUGGUUACUCCGGAGGCGUCAGCAUUGAUCAUAGACACACAUGUUGUUAUCAACAUUGGAGAAAGUGAUAUUCAGGAUAAGAAGAUUGACACAAAGGAGGUUGACCCAAUCCUUCUUAGCAUCUUCGCCCAUCGCUUCAUGGCCAUCGCCGAACAGAUGGGACGUGCCCUCCAGAAGACGAGCGUGUCCACUAAUGUCAAAGAGCGCCUUGACUACUCGUGCGCACUUUUUGACGCUGAUGGUGGGCUGGUCGCUAACGCACCCCAUCUUCCCGUACACUUGGGCAGUAUGUCGACUUGCGUUCGCAAACAGUCAGCCAUAUGGAAAGGCAAGCUUAAGAAAGGUGACGUUCUCGUCUCUAAUCACCCUAUGUUUGGCGGCACUCAUCUGCCCGAUAUAACCGUCAUCACCCCCGCCUUCAGCGGUGACGAGAUCAUCUUCUAUGUCGCUUCGCGUGCCCAUCACGCUGACAUAGGAGGCAUUCUACCUGGUAGUAUGCCUCCUGCCAGUCGAGAGCUUUUUCAAGAGGGCGCUCAGAUCAAGUCCGAGAAGCUCGUAUCGGAAGGACACUUCAAUGAGAAGAGAAUCACCGAGUUGCUGUACGAUGAGCCGUCCCAAUACCCUGGCUGCUCAGGAACCCGGUGCCUCAGCGACAAUAUCAACGAUCUCAAGGCACAGGUCGCUUCCAACCAAAAAGGCAUCAAUCUCAUCAGCACCCUGAUGUCCGACUACGGCGAGGAAGUCGUCAAGUUCUAUAUGACGAACAUCCAAGCCAACGCCGAGUCGAGCGUGCGCAGCCUCCUCAAAGACGUGUACAAGCGCUUCGAAGGCCAGGACCUCUCAGCCGAGGAAUUUAUGGACGACGGAUCCCCCAUCCGCCUCAAAGUAACCAUCGACCCCGACAAAGGGGAAGCAGUCUUUGACUUCACCGGCACAGGCCCAGAGGUGUAUGGCAACAUCAACGCCCCCGAAGCAGUCACCUACUCGGCGAUAAUCUACUGCCUCCGCUGCCUCAUCAGCGAAGACAUCCCGCUCAACCAAGGCUGCCUCAAGCCCAUCCACGUCUUGAUCCCAAAGAAAUCCUUCCUCUCCCCGUCCGACAACGCCGCCGUCGUCGGCGGUAACGUCCUCACCUCCCAACGCGUCACCGACGUCGUCCUCAAAGCCUUUCGCGCCUGCGCCGCGUCCCAGGGCGACACAAACAACCUCACUUUCGGCUUCGGCGGGCAGUCCGCCGGUGAAAAGGCAAAGAAAGGGUUCGGCUACUACGAGACCAUCGCGGGCGGGUCGGGCGCGGGGCCCACGUGGGAGGGCACCAGCGGCGUGCACACGCACAUGACCAACACGCGCAUCACGGACAGCGAGGUCUUCGAGCGGCGGUACCCCGUGCUGCUGCGUGAAUUCGGGCUGAGGUCAGGGUCCGCCGGCGUGGGCGCCCACAACGGCGGCGAGGGCGUUGUCCGCGACAUCGAGUUCCGCAUCCCCGUCCAGGUCUCCAUUCUCUCGGAGCGCCGCGUGUACCACCCCUACGGUAUGGCGGGCGGCGGGGAGGCUGCGUGCGGGCUGAAUAUCUGGGCGCGCAAGGUCGAUCGGAGGAGUCUGGAUGAGAACUCGGAUAUGCAGCAGGACGAUGAGGGGGAUGGGGCGAAGACGAGCGGGGCGGUGGAGGCGCUGGUCGAAAAGCAGAAGGAGAUUGAGGCUGGAGAGGAGGAUGUCGAGUUCAGGUAUAUCAAUCUUGGGGCAAAGAACACGGCGAGUAUGAAGCCAGGAGAGCGGAUUAUUAUAUACACACCUGGAGGGGGUGCGUGGGGGGAGGCGGGUACGGAGAGUAAAGCUGUGAAGAAAGACGAUCCGAGGGCAGCGUGGAGAGGCGGAAGUGUGAGCGCAAGACACCAGACGGCGGAGGCGAGCGCGUGAGCCAGACUCGGCAUAAUGCCGCUCUCGUUGGAUGGUGAGCACCGCCAAUAGGGUCUUAGGUCCAAGUUAUGAACUCGUAUACCAGCCUAAGUCACUUCAGAGACAAUGAUGAAAUGGCCAACUGGCGAAGGUUUCAGGCUACAUGCGGUCUUCACGUGUCUACGGG